AUGAGCGACACACAUACCGCGCUCCCGCAGGGAGCUGGCUGGGCCGUCGUCGUCGGCAUGGGCCUGUUCUUCUCCGCCAUGAUGUUGGCCAUCACGCGCCUGCAGACCCGCUAUACACCCUACGUGAUGAGCUCGGACGAGUUCAACAGUGCAUCCCGAUCCGUCCCGCCCGGUCUCGUCGCGAGCGGCAUCGUGUCCGCAUGGACGUGGGCCGCUACGCUACUCCAGUCGUCGGCGACUGCGUACAAGUUUGGCAUCUCGGGUCCCUUCUGGUACGCUUCAGGUGCUUGUAUCCAGGUCCUUCUCUUCGCCAUGAUCAGCGCCAAGCUCAAACUGAACGGACCGAGGUGCUACACCUACGUCGAGCUCAUCCGUGCUCGAUGGGGACCUGUCGCGCACGCCGCAUUCCUCUUCUUCGGCCUCGCGACCAACGUCAUCGUCUGCACUAUGCUUGUCCUCGGCGGUUCGGCAACCGUCACCUCCCUUACGGGGGUCAACACUGUCGCUGCUUGCUUCAUCAUUCCCCUCGUCGUCGCCGUCUACGUCACCUUCGGCGGCAUGCGCGCUACCCUGAUCGCGGACUACACCCACACUGUGGCUCUGUAUGCCAUCCUGAUCGCGUUCGCACUUGUCGUGUACGCCACCAGCCCCACGAUCGGCUCGCCCGCCAAGAUGCACUCGCUCCUCACGACCGCCGCCGAAAACCACCCCAUCGCCGGCAAUGCGCAGGGAAGCUAUCUCACUAUGCGCUCUAAGAGUGGACUCAUCUUCGGCGUCCUCAACAUCGUAGGCAACUUCGGCACCGUCUUCAACGACCAGGCCUACUGGCAGCGUGCUAUUGCCUCCCACCCGUCAACAAGCGUCAAGGCGUUCCUCUGGGGUGGUCUGGCUUGGUUCGCCAUCCCGCUCGCCAUUGCGACCUCUCUCGGUCUCUCGUCCGUCGCGCUUGCCCACGGCCCCAACCCUGUCAUCAGCCUGACUCCCGAUGAGGUCGGCCAGGGUCUGCCUGCCGUCAAGGCGGCCGCGGCGCUGAUGGGACAGCCCGGCGCCGUCGCGAUGCUCAUCCUGCUCUUCCUCGCCGUCACCUCUGCGGCCAGUGCGGAGCAGAUCGCCGUCUCCUCACUCCUUACCUACGACGUGUACAAGGCGUACAUCAACCCGCGUGCUUCAGAGCGUCAGCUGCUCUUUGUCUCGCACGUCGCCGUUCUCUUCUGCGCCGUCUUCAUGGGCGCCAUCGCCACCGCGUUCAACUACAUCGGCAUCUCAAUGGGGUACCUCUACGAGCUGAUGGGGUGCAUCAUCGGGUGCGCCGUCGUGCCCAUCGCGCUGUGCAUCACCUGGCGCAAGGCGAACGGCACCGGCGCCGUCGUCGGCGCCAUCCUCGGGUUCUGUGCCGGCAUCUCGGGCUGGCUUGGCAUCACGUACCGCCUCAACGGGAAGAUUGACGUGCACACUACUUUCGGCGACUAUGAGAUGCUCACGGGCAACCUGCUUAGUAUCGGCGUCGGUGGCAUCAUCACCGUCGUGUGGUCCCUGGUCAAGCCUGAGAACUUUGACUGGGAGAUCACGCGCGCCGUCAACGCCCCAGCGACGUACGUGGAGGAGAGCACCGUCGAGGUCGUCGAAAGGACGCCCGAUCUCACUCCCGGCGGCAGCACCGAGGAGCUGGAUAAGGAGAAGGCGAUCGCGACGCCAACUGUAGUCAGCGUCAAGGAGGACGCCGCAGAGGCUGCAGCCGAGGACACUGCAGGACUGAAACACGCCUACCGCAUCGCGGCAUGGGCUGCUCUGUCCCUCACGUUCAUCCUCAUCAUUGUCGUGCCUCUGCCGCAGUUCUUCACCUCGUACAUCUACUCAGUGCAAGGCUUCACGGCGUGGGUGUGCAUCGUGCUCAUCUGGCUGUUUGUCGGCGCGACAACAAUCUCCCUGAUCCCGCUCUGGGAGGCGAGGGGCACGCUCAGACUUGUGGCCGAGGGCAUCUGGGCGGAUCUGACAGGGAAGCGGAGAAAGGUCGAGGCAUAA